AUGGGCAGGGGCGACGCCCCGACGCUCGAAGUGGUCGACGAGUACGACGCGGAUGGAGACGGCCGCGUGACCCGAGAAGAGUACUUAGCUGGUUUUCUGCGCGACGGCAUCGACCUGACGGCGGACUACCUCUUGAUGAGAAAGAUUGCAUGGGAGAAGUGCGAAAAACUCGACGAUUUCGAGUUAAUAAAGAAGGGCGAGGACUUGCUGCUGGAGGGGAAUUUUCUGCGGACGGCGAUUACGAGCGGUGAACACAAGCAGACGUGGCCGCUGUGCGUGCCUCGACGGGAUGUCUCCUUACCGGGCUGCGCGCUCAAUGAUAAACAAAAAACGAGGAUCUACAAGCAGCUCGCGAAGGAGUUCGCGACCGGGACGUUGAAAGGGACCUUCAAGGAGAACUUCGUCAAGCGGCAACGGGACGCCGUAACACAGCGCUCUUUACGGAAGAAGGAUUCUGAGACGGUCGCGACGCUCCAGUCGAUCCGCGAGAAGGACUACACGCCCUUCCAGAUCAAGACGAUGCGGCUGGACUGGCUGCGGCGGUGUGAACUCUGGUUACUGCGCGUGAAGGAGUCGAAGGAAGAGGUCGUGCGUAAAAGGCAAAGAGGUAUCACGGACACGCGGCUGAAGUCUGUGGAUGAUUUAUUGGGGGAUGAUGGUCAGUAUAGGGUGCGCGGGCGGGAAGCUGCCAAGGCGGAAAAAGGUAGGAACGCGGACGGGCUCUGCCACUACAGCCUGAAUCCGCAUUUACUCCGGGAGAACGCGCUGCGAGCCAUGUACCCGAACAUGAAGUUCCGGGAGUCUGGAUUGCGCAACUCGGAAAAGAUCUGUUUCGGGAAAUUUUAUCAAAGUUCAGUAUUGAACCCGAAAAGAUACAACCGGGCCUACGAACUCGAGCGGACGUCUGUUUCUAGAGCGUUCAACCAGUCGCGCCGGUCGAACGCGUCCCAGAUGGAGUCGCUGCGGACUACCGGCAACUUCUGGGAGUCUGUGAAGAGAUACAACGACCCGCGGGGCGUAAGCUUCUAG